UUCAGUUGGCUAUAACAGCUCGUCGUUACUUGUCGGAUAUAACGGAAAGUUAAAUUAAAGAAAUGAAAACAAAAUAAGAAAAAUAAAAUUGUGAAAGCAAAACAACAUAUGAACAAUAUUUAAUAUAUUUUUAAACAAUUUGCAAAUUGUUGAUUGAAACAAACAAUUAAGGCAAAAUUUGCAAAAAUAAAAAACGAUAAAAUAAACCAGAAUAAAUAUAAAAAGUUUUAUAUAAAAAAAAUCGAAUUAAAAUCAAUUUAAAUGGAAACUUUUUGUACACUUAUAAAUUUGUGUCAUUACAACAAAUGUCGUGGCUACAUAAAGUCAAACAUAUAUAGACCAAAUACUUAAAUACUGCAACAAUAAAAAACGAAAAUUUAUUUAUUAAUUUUAUAAAUAGCAAAAAACCUAUAAAAAAUAUUUGUUUUUUUUUUAAAUAUACAUACCGACUUCCAUAUACUUAGGUAUAUAUACGUUUAUAAAACAAAAAAAAAAACAAAACAAAGUAGGAAACAAAGAAAAGAAAGAAUAAACUCUUUAACCUGUAGCAUUUGUGAAUAAUAUAAAAACAAAAAAGUCGAAUAAAUAACAAUAAAGAAGAAAGGCAAAAACAAAACAAAAUACAUAAACGACAGUAAUAAAAAAAAAACUGCUGUAAAAAUAUACAUUACAUAUUCAAGUACCUACAUACAUUUAUUGUAUCUGAAAGAUACAAAAUUUAUCUAGUCAGCUGACGAAAAUCACGUACUCUAGAGUAGAGAGUAAAACGAGUAUCUUGAAGUGGCAAACAACGUGCAACGUGAAUAAAAAUAUCCAAAAUGUGGUGCAUUGUAAAUUUGCCAAACGGUACACAACAAGCCGUUAAAUGGGAUCCCAAAGCCAUCGGCCAAGAAUGCUUAGAAAAGGUGUGUAAAGCAUUGGGUGUUAUAUGCGAAAUGGAAUAUUUCGGCUUAGAACAUUGGGUUCCCAAUCAAAAAGAAUCUCGCACUCAUCAGUGGAUUAAUUUGCGCAAUCGACUUUCUUGCGAUGGUGGAAGUGGUAGUGGCAUACAGUUGAUGUUGGCAUUGCGUGUCAAAUUUUGGGUUCCGGUUCAUUUCAUUUUGCAGGAAAGUGUGCGUAAUUUAUUCUAUAUGCAAGCAAAAGCUGACCUAUUGGAAGGACGUUUAUGUGCGAGAAGCUGGUCGAGUGCUGCCAAGCUUGCGGCGCUCUUAUGUCAAGCUGAUGGUUUGCGUUUCAAUGAAGCUUCACUGAAAUCCGAAUGUCCUCUAAAAAUUAAAAGAGAACAAGAACGCUUAAAGCAACUUCUCCAACAGCAGCAGCAACAACAGCUCCAGCAGCAACAACUUCAACAACAGCAGCAUGGUGCCACUGGAAAAGAACGUAAAGAAAAAGACUAUGUGCUUUCUUUUAAGAAACGUCGUUUAUCGAAGCAAAAGUCUGUGGAAAAUAUAGAUAAUGAUGCUCAAUUAUCUUCCCAGACUUCAACCUCAAAUUCUGCUACAACGGUCUCAACAAGUAACUUACGCCAAGCGGAAAACAACAACAAAUCUACCUCUAGUACAAAUGAAAAUUCAACCAAAGUAUCUGAUGAUGUAAAUAGUACCUGUGAUAAUAAACCCCAAGAAACGGAUAUAUCCAUAGAGAAACGUAUAGCAGCGUCACCGCUACGUAUAUACCAAGAUUAUAUAAUUACUCCCACAAGUGAUGAAGCCGACAAUGAAAUGCCUGAAGAUUUCCUCAAGCAAAUUGCCGUGGAGCACGGUAAAUUGUCUAUGCUAAAGAUGUCGCCCAAAUCCGCCAAAUAUUGGCUGCUUCAAGAAAUCCAAGAUUUACCCGGUUAUGGCGAAGAAGUUUUCAGUGGCGUUACAACUUCGGAAACUUCACAAUCUUGCGAUAUAGCAGUGGGUGCCCAUGGUAUUAAAGUUUCCUCUGGAGAUAACGAAAAAAACAUUCCCUUUAGUGCAAUAGCGGCGGCUAAAUCGUUUCGGCGCACAUUUAAAUUGGAAUACGUAGACGAUCAUAAUAAUCGAAAAGAAAUAGAGAUAAAGUUACCAAAGCAUGCAAUUGCAGCUGGCCUGUACAGAUCAAUAACUGAACGACAUGCCUUUUACGUUUGCGAUAAAGUAAGGGGUGUAGUAACGAAUCAAUUUACCCGCGAUCUUAAAGGAACCAUAGCUUCAAUGUUUAAAGAAGAUACUGAACUUGGAAAGCGAUAUGUUUUCGAUAUUCAACAUACCAGUCGGGAAGUACAUGAUCAAGCUCGUCGCAUAUUACAUGAACGGGGUAUUGAAACAUCGACUCAUGGUGCUGGUGCUGGUUUGGGAGAUAUUGCUCGCUAUAUACCCCAUUUAGCCGAAAGCGCAGAUGCUGAAGAUCCAAAUGUUAAAAGUGUUUCUUCUAUGGCAAGUAAAUUGGAUAUGGUGAUACGUGAAAAAGAAGAAAGGGAGGCUGCCAUUGAGCGAUGUGUGGAUUCGAGAAUUUCGGAGGCUAUGACAUGUAAGAUUUGUAUGGAUCAUGCCAUAAAUACGAUGUUCAACCCCUGCUGCCACGUCAUGGCAUGUGACCAAUGUGCAGCUAAAUGCGAUAAUUGUCCAAAUUGUCGGGUGAAAAUCACAAAUGUUGUUAAAAUCUUUUUACCCCCCGAACUGCGAACAACUCAAUCAAGUCCGUCGUGUAGCAGUAAGAGUACAAAUGGCUUGAAAUCAGAUGGCCAUCAAUCGAAUACUAGCAAAAUAUCAACGGCUGCCUAGAAUUGGUGUCUACAUCUAUUUUAGUUCACUAGUUAGUGUUACAUAUUAUGAAAUGGUUUUGUGUAACUUUCGCAGAUCAUUUAAAUAUUUUUAGAGUUUUUUAAAAAUGUUCGUUGCAAUUUUUAAAUGCGAAUAACAAUUAAUUACAAUUUAUUUAAUUCCUUCAAUUAGCAUUUAAGUAAUAUUUUUGCUUUUAUUUAAACGUUUAUAAUUUAACUAUCUACAUACAUACAUGUGUAUGUAUAUAUAUGUGAAAUUUAUAUGUAUAUUUAUUUAUGUGUUAAUUUUUUUUAUAAAAACAUUAAAAUUGCAUUAUAUUAUGUUUGGUUAGAUAGAAAUGUACGUAACUUUUAUAAUGUAAAUAAGUGUAUAAAUAUUAUUUUUCAGUUACGUCCUUAAACUAGAUCACAAAUUAAAUGUUGUUGCAUAUAUUGUUAUAUUUUUUUAACUCCUAAUCAUUGUCGCAAUCAAACAAUGCAAAUAGAUAUUUAAAAUGUUAUUAAAAUAAUUAUUUAUAAAAUAAUAAUAAUAUACGAGUUAUGUUAUUAAAAUAAAAACGAUUUACAAAAUAAUUUUGAAAUC